AUGUGAUCUGUAUCUAAUCUAUACUACUGUUCCUGAUCCUCCCUCCCAUUCAUUCUCUUUUCUGUUAGGAGGGCGUCUAAGACUGAGCUACAACAUGGAGACCAAGAACUGGGUCAACAUUAUCCUCCUUGGGUUUGGAUUCUUUCUUUUGUUCUCUGCGUUUCAAACAACUGCUUUUAUACAAACACUAACAAUUAGCAGCUACUUAUCUCCUACAUGCAACCCAGGGAAUAAAACUAGUUAUGGCGUGCUAUCUAGUUCAUUGGCAGAUCGUGUUGGAUAUUUAAGUGGUAGCAUCAUAUACCUAAUGGUUGCUAUUGGUAACUGGGUCUCUGUCUCUAUUGUGUCCAUAUUUGGUGCCAAGUGGUCGCUCGUCAUCAGCGGAGCUCUCUAUGUUAUCUAUAUCGCUUGCUUGAUUCGCCCACUUAUUUAUUCAAUAUUCAUUGGAGCCUUUAUCCUUGGAGCAGGUGGCGGAGUGUUAUGGACGGCCCAAGGCCAGAUCCUGAUUCAGAACUCCUCAAAGGAAAGGAUGGGAACCACAAGUGGUAUAUUCUGGUUUAUGCUUGAAUCAAGCCUUGUUGUCGGAAGCAUUUAUAUAUUUUCGUAUUAUUACAUAAAGAGAGAUAGCUUUAGUAGCAGCGAGACUUUUUGCUUCCCUCACACUCAGAAUAUGAUAAUCUUUGGUGUCUUGACUUUUGUUGCAAUUUGUGGAAUUGUAGUACUCUUGUUUAUAUCACCAGUGGAAAAAAUGUCCACUGGUUCGAGUGUUGGAUCCAUAAAUUCAUCAUCAAGUAGAGAGAAGGAGCCACUGAUGUCAAGUAGGCAAUCAAGAACCAGUGUUCAAGUGUUUUCAUCGUCACCAGAUUUCAUUGCUAAUUGCCAUCCUUAUGUACAGGCAGUCCUCAAUCCACUCAUUAAAGCCGUCAAGAUGAUGAUAACAUGGAAAAUGUUGCUUCUCUGUGUUACAUUUGUAUACACAGGAUAUGAGCUAGGCUUCUGGAGCGGUGUCUAUGGAACUAUGAUAGGUCACACUCAUGUAUUUCCUAAGUAUUAUGUUGGGGCUGCACUUUUCUUCAUUGGUUUGGGAGAGAUUAUUGGCGGUGGUCUUUUUGGUGUUUUUGGUUCAUAUACCAAUCGGUUUGGACGCGAUCCCAUACUUCUACUGGGCCUUAUCUGCCACAUGGUCUGCUUCUUGCUCACAUUUUACUUCUUUUCUGAGGACUCCAUUGCUGGCGAUGUAAAGUCAUCUGAUAGUUAUGGAGCACUGGGUGUGUAUGGACUUAUGUCUAAUAUCUAUGUUGCAUUGGGUGGUGCUUUCCUACUCGGAUUAGGUGAUGCAUGCUUUAAUACACAGAUUUAUUCCAUUAUCGGUGUCAUCUAUUCUUCAGAUGAAGAUAGUGCUCCAGCAAUGGCUCUUUAUAAAUUCUUUCAAUCCAUUACUGCUUUUGUUAGCUUCCUUACUUCUACUCUCCUCAAGCUUCAAUGGCAGCUUUUGAUACUUGUUGUGCUGGCUGUUCUUGGUACAGUAACUUUCUGUAUAGUCGAAUGGGAUUAUCAUCGCAGUGAGCAAAAACGUGAAGAUGAUCUUACAAACAGUUACGAGGAGCCCAAUGACACUCGAUAUGCCGUCGAAAAGACGUACAGUGCUUCGUCUUUGGAUGGGGAGGAUGGAUUCAUGAGUGACUCUAGCGCUCAUUAACAUUUAUGAGAGAGAGAGUGAGUGUUUUAUUAUAAGAGUGUAAUGAAAGGAGAGCUGAUAGUUUUGUAUUAAAAAAGGAUUUUAUGCUGUUUCCCCUAGUAUAUUUUGUUUGGAAUCGCUGAUCUACCUUUUAAUUGAUAAUAAAGAUAA